UAUAUUCAUAACAUUUGGUUUCAUGAUACGUAAAUUGUUGUUAUGGGCAAUUUCUGUUUGCUGGAUUACUGUUGUCUUAGAUUGCUUAUGAACAUUCGUCUGCGUUUUUUUUUUUUUUUUUUUAAUAAAAUUUUUCUUCUGAUUAAACUGCCCAGCUUCAUUGGUUUUCCUCGAUGUCCAGACAAAUUGGUAGUUGGGUUUUUGUGGGAUCAGGAAAUCUUAUGCAUUGUCGUUUUCAAUCUCAUUUUUCUAUCUCACGUGUAUGCCUCAGUUGUUCUUUCUUCUUAAUACAAUCGUAGGUUUAAUAUCAAAUAUUUUGAGACUGGGUUUGUUUUUUUAGUUCUUCUCCUUUUGCUUUCAGCUGAUCUGCAUUCUGGUAUUGUUUGAACGUCUGUAUUGCCAUAUUCAUCUCCAAACCACUUUUAGAGCGUUACCUCUGGAACAAAGGAAAGAAAAGAAAAGAAAAGACAAUCAUCUAUGAGCACUCAAUCUUCUUUUUUAUCAUUGCCUUCAGAGAGUAAAGAAUAUACUGCAGUUUUCUCCAUUACCCACAUGAAUCAGGAGUCAGUUUGACAUAUUUUUCCCUCAAAACUCUAUUUUCUUGCUACUUUUCCUUGCAUUUUCUUUUUCUUCUUCUUGUAAACAAUUCCUCCGCAGCUGGGUUUUGUCUCCCUUGCUAAACAUUCCUUGCACCAUUGUUUUCGUUCUCGAUUUUUUCGGUUUCUUUCAAGAUAAUUCCGCUCUAAUGGCCAACUUUGGAUGAUUUUUUUUCCGGGGUCUAAUUGUAUAUCUUAUUUUCCUUUUUAUGUUGGUAUUCACAUUAGGUGAUCCAAUUCAGGACAGGAUGUUUAAAAAUACAAUCGAAACAUGGGAGGAUCGAAUAAUGUUCAUCGCCUAAAGGUUUUCUGGUUGGCAGAGAGAUGGUAGCCUCAUGAAAUUCUAGAGCAAUGGCAGCAAAAGGAAAAGUAUUUUAUAAAGCUCAAAGGGGUGUACAGGGUUUUGCAGCCAUUCUAAAGUCUGCAGCUUGUGAAUGGUUUCUCAUUUUUCUAAUGCUUAUUGAUGCUUUGUUGUCAUAUGUUUUGACUAAACUUGCACAUAGUUGCAACUUGCAAACGCCUUGCAUUUUGUGCUCCAGGCUUGAUCAUCUUUUGAGCAAAGAAAACCCUCAUAAUUAUAGGAAUCUCCUCUGUACCAACCAUAGAUUGGAGAUAUCAUCUUUAGUUUCGUGCUACAAACAUAAUAAGCUUGUUGAUGGCAAUGAGAUGUGUGAUGCAUGUCUUUGUUCAUUUGCCUCAACAAACAAUAAACCCAGAUUCAACUCCAAAAUGCAAAAGUUGAGGCUACAUACUGGUGGAAAUGGAGCUCGUGGAAAGUUACUAAAAAGGGACUCGAUUCCUCAUUGUAUUAAGACAAGGCCUUGUUCUUGUUGCAAUAAGCCUUGGAAGACAAGGCCUAAUGCCCAAGGAAUGUUGCAACUGAAAUCUUCUGUGAAUAUGGCCACUAAAACCAAGAUUCCUUAUCCACGCUGCUUGAAUAGUCGAGAUAGCUUCAAACAGACGAGGGAUAAAAUUUUUGGUUCAGUAACCUUACAAUAUCCUGGAAAAACUGGAUUCAAUCUGUUGUCUCAUGUAGGAUACAGUGAGCUGAGAAUAACCUCCGAUUCUGAGUUAGAGGAUGUGCUUCCUGAAGAAGAUGAUGAUAAAAGUUUAAUAUAUGAAAAAAGUGAGCUUACAGAAGAUUCUCUUCUUCAAUCUAUAACACAAAUUCCACUCAAGCCUCAUUGCAAUGAUUAUGAUCAGGUUAAGCCAUCCAUUAACUUUGUUGAUUCGAGGCCUUCAUCUUUAGAAUCACAUGUGCAGGUUGAUGUGCAAAAGCCCCAUGACGUGACAUUGCCUGCUUGUGAUGCUAAUGCUAAUUUUCAUGGACUGAGUGAGUUGAAUUGGCUGCCCCGGCCAGACAAUCCGAUUGCCAGCCCUUCUACAUGGGCCGAACUUAUUUCACUGGAUGAUGCAUCAUCCCCUGCAUCCAAUGUCUUGGGACUUUAUCGCGCGAAUUCAAUGGAGAAAAGUGAGCUUACAGAUUCUCUCAAUCAGGAGUCCCCUCUCUCUUGCUCGCCUGAGUUCAUCACAUUACAUCACGACCCACAAAUUGCGGGAAAGUUGGCAACAUCUGAGGAAACAAGAACAAAUAGUAUGGAAAUUGCAUCUCUCAAUCAUUCAGAAUUGACGAGCACAAAAGUAGAAAUGUUUCGUGAUAGUGACAGUGAGUCCUCUAAGAGUGAUGAGAAACAUGCAAAUCAUAAGAGUGAUAGUGAGUCCUCUGAUAGUGAUAAGAAAAAUACAGAUCAUAACAGUGAUAGUGAGUCCUCUGAAAGUAACGAGGAACAUGAAGUCAAUUUUAAUGCAAAACAAUCUUUCGAGAAGGAAACUGAUAUAGGUACUAAUGAUUUGAAGCAACCUCCAUUGAUUAGCACUACCGCUGCAGAAUGUUCUAAAACUGAUGAGGAGGUUUACAAAUCAGCUAUUAAGAACGUUAGUGAUGGCAUGGAUCAUAGCAGUGCUAGUGAACAGGAUGUCUUCGAUUGUUCGGUAGGUCAAUCUUUAAAGAAUGAAAUUGAUCUAGUAGUCAAUGAUUUGAAGCAGUCUCCUUUGAUUAGCACAAUAGUUGAAGAGUGUCCACAAAUUGAUGAGCUGGUUUAUGUAUCAGAUAAUAGGAACACUAUAGAUGAUAUGAACCAUAUCGGUCUUAGUGAGUCCUCUGAGAGUGAUAAGGAACAAGAAAACGUCAAUUUUUCUAUAGAACAAUCUUCAGAGAAGGAAACUGAUAUAGUUACUAAUGAUUUGAAGCAGUGUCCAUUAAUCAGCACAACCGUUGAAGAAUGUCCUAAAACUAAUGAGGGGGUUUAUGAGUAUGCUAUUAAGAACACUAUUGAUGAUAUGGACCAUGACAACAGUAGUGAGUCCUCCGAGAAUGGUAAUGAAUAUGAAAUCUUCAAUUUUGCUACAAGACGGUCUUUAGAGAAGGAAAUUGAUAUAGUUACUGAGGUGACCUAUGAAUCUGUUAUUAAGAACACUAAGGAUGAUAUGAACCACAGUAAUGUUGAUGAGUCCUUUGAGAGUGAUAAGCAACAAGACGUCUUGAAUUGUGCUACAGGACAACCAUUGGAGACGGAUCCUGAUAUAGUUAGUACUGAUAUGGAGCAAUUUUCAAUGCAGAACAGUCCUGUUGGACUUGUUAACCAAUCAUCCUCAGAUGAUGAAGGCCACAAUUUUAGCAUUUCUGACGAUGAUUUACAGAAAGAAUCUUCCGGUGAAUUCAACAUAAUUCGGGCAUUGGAUCGGUCGGCAUCGAUGGAAUCUGUUGAAUCACUAGAUGGAAGCAAUGUAAGUGAAAUUGAAGGUGAAAAUAUGGUGGAUAAGUUAAAGCGACAAGUUGAAUAUGACAAGAAAUGCAUGAAUUCUUUGUAUAAAGAGUUGGAAGAAGAGCGAAAUGCUUCGGAGGUUGCUGCAAGUCAAGCGAUGGCCAUGAUUCGAGGUUGCAAGAGGAGAAGGCUGCAAUGA